GGGAGCUAGUAGCUAGUCCCGCCUCUUCUCUGGGUGACAUUGCCAUGGCUUCUAGGUGCAUGAGGAAGAUUGUCAUUGUGAGCAGGAGCAAUAGUCGCGGGGUCAGUGGGCAGGCGGCUGAGUACUGUGCUCAGCUUGUCAGGAAGCGUGACUAUGAGGGAUUCCUGUGUACACUGCUGUUGCCUCCAGAAUCUCAAAAGGCAGUUUUUGCACUUCGGGCAUUUAAUGUAGAGCUCUCCCAGGUGAAGGAUUCUGUAUCCCAGAAGAACCUUGGUUUGAUGAGGAUGCAAUUUUGGAGGGAUACUGUUCAAGAGGUAUACGGCGAUAAACCUCCACAUCAUCCUGUUGCCUUGGAGCUUUCAGAGGCAGUCCAGAAACACAGGCUGAACAAAAGAUGGAUUACAAGGAUAAUUGACGCAAGAGAAAAGAAUUUAGAUGACAGAGCGUAUCGUAACCUACAAGAGCUUGAAACCUAUGCAGAGAACACUCAGAGUUCUCUUCUCUACCUCACUUUGGAAUGUCUUGAUGUAAAAGAUGUACAUGCAGACCAUGCAGCUAGCCAUAUUGGAAAAGCCCAAGGCAUCGUCACCUGCUUAAGAGCCGUUCCUUAUCACAGUAGCAAGAGACAGGUCUUUCUCCCUGUUGACAUAUGCAUGUUGCAUGGUGCUUCACAAGAAGAUUUCAUCAGAGGCAGCCAAGAGAGAAUUGUCAAAGAUGUUGUAUUUGAUAUUGCUAGUCAAGCCCAUGUCCAUUUGGAACAUGCUCGCUCUUUUAUGAAGAAAGUUCAAGAAAAAGCCUUUCCUGCAUUUAAUACAACAGUUGUCUUGGACAGUUAUUUAAAGAGGCUUCGUGAAGUAGACUUCAAUAUUUUCCAUCCAAGCUUACAGAGGGGAAAUGCCUUACUCCCUUGGUCUUUGUAUUUUCAAUCAUGGAGAAAAAGUUAUUAAAUCUUAAUUAAUUUCU